GAUUUUUAUAUAUGAGCGAGUGAGAUUACGUCGAAAAAAAAAAAAAAAAGCGAGUGAGAUUACGUCAAAUUAUGUCAGAUAAGCAACCAAGGGUUUACGAUAGAGACGAGGUGUUAUGGCAGUUAGAAAACGAGGCAUACGUUCCGAGUAGCGAUUCCGAUAAUGAUAACUUAUCGGAGUCAGAUAUGUCUGAGGUGGAGGUGAUACGAUCAGAGGAACCAGUUGAUUCCGACGAAGAAGAAAUACCCGAAGAUGUUCCAAGCACAUCAUCUGAACCCCCACGGGUUCGAAAGCGUCGAACGAGAGGUGCGACAUCAACAUCUCCCAGGGCCAAAAGGGGCUGGAGCACAUCUUCCACCCAAAGAAAUCGUCUAGUGUUCAACAAUUCAACAACAAUUGCAGGGUGGUUUCGGAAAAUCUUUCUGGAAGUCGGUGGUCCGGUUUAGAAUUCCGGAUAGAAUUAGUUACGGCGCUGAUAGGCAGCCACAGGGCAUCACGGCGACUCUCUGGUUAGUCAACCUCAUCUUUGAAUCGACUUCAAAACACAGGGGCACAUUUUCCAGUUUCCACUGGGCAGACAAAAUUGUGCGCAGUAUGUUCGAAAAAAGUUCGCGUUUCGAACGAAAAAUCUAAUAUUUCGCGGAGCGCAAUAAAGUGCGAUGAAUGUGAUGUUCAUCUCUGUGUACGCGAAGGGAGAAACUGCUUUCGUGACUGGCAUAAAAAGGUAGAAUAUUGGCGCUAAAAUUUUUGUAUCGUAUAUCUCAUGUUAUUUUUGAUUGUGUUACCUUUUGAUUCAGUCGCGAAAGCAGUUACUUUGCGUACACAUAAUGAACAUCACAUUCAUUGCCUUUUUAUAUUGUAUUGUACAAUGUUAUUUUUUAUUUUAUUAUCGUCUUUUCCAAUACCAUUCUUAUUUCCUAUUAUUUUAUUCACAUUCAUCGCUCUUAUAUUGUAUUGUACAAUAUUAUGUUUUAUUUUGUUAUCGUAUUUUUCAAUACCAUUCUUAUUUCCUAUUAUUUUAUUCACAUUCAUCUCUCUCAUAUUGUAUUGUACAAUAUUAUGUUUUAUUUUGUUAUCGUAUUUUUCAAUACCAUUCUUAUUUCCUAUUAUUUUAUUCACAUUCAUCGCUCUCAUAUUGUAUUGUACAAUAUUAUGAUUUAUUUUGUUAUCGUAUUUUUCAAUACAUAUUUUGCCCAUAAUUACUCAAACAAUUGUGAUCAUUCAAAAUAUAUGUGGGCGGUAAAUAUAGGUCGCUCUUGACUAAUAAACCAAAGUAUGCAGCUGUGUAAUAUCAUAACAGUCUGUCAUUAUUUUAUGAUGAGUCAAAAGUAAAUGAAUUCGCAGUGCUUUCUAUUAUUCAGGGCGAGCAGCUGCUAAAGUAGGUCGUUUGCAAAUAAGCAAAAUCAAUUUAGCCAAAAUUUAUUAGCUAAUCACUUCGUAACAUUCGCGCAACGCUUCACGAGUAAACUAUAAACAAAGCGCCGCCUCAAACUCAGCGAGAUAGCUAACCGUCGAUGCGACACUUCAUCACACACGAUUUCACAAACAUACCGCUUCGUUACUCGGCAGCUGUUACAGCUACAGCAUUGCCUGUAGUAUCAUUUUGUUAGGUAAACA